GGGUCGACUGGAGAGGAGUACCGGGAAUGUUCCUGGAUAUGUCGCACGAGCGGAGGCGGCGACGCACCUGGGGAAUUACAAGAACAAGUAAUUAUGAUGUCGCGUUUUUAAAAGAGGUGGUUCCCACGUAGCACAUGCAUUGCGUUUCAGUUGCGGAAAAAGGCUGAACAUGUACACGACAGAGCGCAGGCGAAUGAGCCUGCACGAGCUGAAGAGGAAAGAUCCAGUGUGGGUGUCGGCUGGAAGUUUCUGGCAGGACUCUAAGGCGAUAGAGCUGAGCGGCUCGAGUAAACAGGUCGUCUCUCCUCGGAGUCGGACCAGAGCCGUGUCCGUGGCAUACAUUGCGAACGUGGGCGCAUCGGUGCCGCAGACUGAGGAAAACUUAUCACUGAAAUGUCUGAAGGAAGCGUGCGCGGACGCGCACGCAGUGUUCAAAACCAUUUCGUUUGAGAGAUUAUCACUGGGGACCACAGAUACACUGGAUAAUUUCUACAACGCAGAUGUAGCAGUUGUUGAGAUGAGUGAUACUUUCUGCCAGCCUUCUCUCUUCUACCACCUGGGAGUGAGAGAAAGUUUCAGCAUGACUGAUAACAUAAUUCUGUAUUGUUACAAGCAAGAUAGUGAUCUACAGGCUGCUAAGGAGCAGUGUGGGAGUUACACAUUCAUCCCUUACAUAGUGUCGCCUCAGGGAAAGGUGUUCGCCUGUGAUGCCACAAUGAUGUCUGGUAUCCAAGAGUUGAUGCAGCCUAGUUUCCAGCUGGAGCCCCUGCUUACCCCCCUGGUGGAGAGACUGCUGCAUCUGCUCAACAAUGUACAUAUUCAGUCCAGUGAGUACUUCCGGGAGUCAGUCAGGCAUGAGAUUCGUACGGCACGUGAGCGUUUCAGCGGCCAAGACCUGAGCAAGGAGUUGAGCCACAUCCAGAAACGCCUGGACAGUGUAGAGCUGCUCACUCCUGAUAUAGUUAUGAACCUGCUGUUGUCCUACAGGGACAUUCAGGACUACGAUGCCAUAAUCAAACUGGUGGAGACUCUGAACAACUUGCCCAUGUGUCUGGUAGCAAGACAUCCGAAUAUCCAGUUUCACUACAUAUUUGCUUUAAGCAGGAGGAAUCACCCCGGGGAUCGCGCUAAGGCUUUGGAGGCAAUUCUGCCUUUUGUGGAGUCGGAGGACAGGGUGGCAUCGGAUGUCUACUGCCUGUGUGGACGGAUCUACAAAGACAUAUUCAUGAGCUCUGGGUUCACAGAUCAGCACAGCAGGGACCGGGCCUGCUACUGGUAUGGAAAAGCGUUUGAGACGGAGCCAACCCUUCACUCGGGCAUCAACACUGUGGUUCUUCUUAUCUCAGCUGGUCAUGAAUUUGGAACUUCAGUUGAGCUGCUCAAAAUAGGUGUGACCCUGAGCACCCUGCUUGGUAGGAAGGGUAGCUUGGAGAAGAUGAAGGACUACUGGGAUGUUGGCUUCUACCUUGGAGCGAACAUUUUAGCUAAUGAACACAAAAAAGUCAUCGAUGCUGCUGAGAAACUCUACAAGCUCAAAGCUCCUAUCUGGUUUGUGGCAUCCAUUAUGGAGACCUACAUCCUGUACCGCCAGUUUGCCAAGCUGCCUGAGGUGAGAUCUCCUAAACAGGACAGCAUGGACUUCUGGAUGGAGCUGUUUUUGCAGACCUGUAAACCCACCAUCUCCACAAACCGCUGCCCAGUGCUUAUUCUGGAGCCCAGUAAAGUCCUUCAGCCAGCUAUUGUGUGUGUGAGUGAGGAGGAUGAAAGUCACACCGUAGAGUUGAAACACAUCACACCCUUCAAGAAAGGUUUACAUGAGUGGACAUUUCCAGCCUCUGCAAUUCGAGGAGUAAGUGUUUCAAAGACUGACGAGAGGAGCUGCUUCCUCUAUGUCCACUACAACUCUGAUGACUUCCAGCUCUGUUUCCCCUCUGAGCUUCAUUGUAAAGGUUUUUGCGAGCUGGUGAACUCUCUGCUUCAGCAAACCGAAGCCCCUGCUCAAGACCUUGACCAUCUAACUGAGGAAGUACUAGAGUACAUUUACGAGACCAAUGAGAAUGGCGAAAAGGUGGUCCUGGGUAAAGGGACGUAUGGUGUGGUGUACGCCGGGAGGGACCUGAGCAACCAAGUGCGCAUCGCCAUCAAAGAGAUCCCUGAGAAGGACAGCAUGUACUCCCAGCCCCUCCAUGAGGAGAUAGCUCUACACAGGAGGCUGAAACACAGGAACAUUGUCCAGUACCUGGGCUCUGUCAGUCAGGAUGGUUUCAUCAAGAUUUUCAUGGAGGAAGUACCAGGAGGAAGUUUGUCUUCUCUUCUCCGCUCCAAAUGGGGUCCUCUAAAGGACAACGAAGCCACAAUCAUCUUCUACACCAAACAGAUCCUUGAGGGGCUCAAAUACCUUCAUGACAAUCAGAUAGUCCAUAGAGACAUUAAGGGUGACAAUGUACUGAUAAACACAUAUAGUGGAGUACUGAAGAUCUCUGACUUUGGGACCUCAAAACGUUUAGCAGGGAUCAACCCCUGUACCGAGACGUUUACUGGAACUCUCCAGUACAUGGCUCCGGAAAUUAUAGACCAAGGGCCCCGAGGUUAUGGGAAGCCAGCUGAUAUCUGGUCCCUAGGGUGCACUAUCAUAGAAAUGGCAACAGGAAAAACUCCAUUCCAUGAACUGGGAAGUCCUCAGGCAGCCAUGUUCAAGGUGGGGAUGUUUAAGAUCCACCCCAAGGUUCCAGAGUGCAUGUCGGACAAGGCAAAAGGCUUCAUCAUGAAUUGUUUCGUGCCAAACCCAGACAACAGAGUCACCGCUGCAGAGCUGCUGAAGGACGCCUUCCUCAGGUCGUCCCCUAAAAAGAGAGUUAAGGCUCCUCAGGAAUCAAAAGACUCCCUUUCCACUGCAGACUAUCAGCGCAGCCUGUCUGUACCCAUCUCCAUCUUUGUGGAGGACACUGAUUCGUACUUGGGUUUAGUAGACUUGUCCUCAUCCUUUGACCUCAGGAGGCCCCAGACCAUUCUCAGAGCAGAUGGAAUCUCAGAAAGCCCACCCAGCACCAGCAGCAUCCUGUUAGUACCAGAGGACUCUUCGUCAGACAUGAGCAGCCCAGCUACAACAGAGGAGAAUAUGGGGCUUUUUAUGCUGAGGAAGGACAGCGAGCGGAGAGCUACACUGCAUCGAGUUCUCAAUGACUACAUCAGUCACGUGGUUUGUAACAUACAGGAAUCUGUGCCUCAGUAUGGUGAGGGAUCAUCGCUCACAGCAGACCACAUCACCAAGCUCAUUGGCUGCUUGCGAGACAACAUCCGAUCCCCGGACAGGAAGCAGCUGACCAGUGACCUGCAUAAACUUCGAGCAACGCUGCUUGCUGCCUCAGUGCCUCUGAACAGCCUGCAGGUGGUGCUGUUCAGCUUCCAAGAUGCAGUGAAGAAGGUAUUAAAGCAACAGCAAGUGAAACCUCAUUGGAUGUUUGCCCUGGACAACCUGCUAAGACAGGCAGUACAGGACGCCAUAACUGUACUCCUACCAGAACUGAAACUACAGCUGCAGUCCUCAUUUGAGAUUGAGGACAGCACUCCUGUGGACCAGUCUCCUGACCCAGACACUCCUGUAGUUCCUGUCCCUGACCAGCUGAGGGCGGCAGCAGAUAUGCACCAGAUGGGACCCAUAAAUGAGACCCCACCUUCAGCCAGGCCCACCUCCCCUACAGACCUCAUCCUCAAAACCAACUGUCCCCUCAGCAUGCAGCUGAGAGCUCUACGACUAGAAACUGGAAGACUGCUGAGUCAGCUGAACGAGAAGGAGAGGGAGUACCAAGAGCUCCUGAGGAACUGUGUCCACAGAAAACAGGAACAGAUAGAUGCGCUGAGGAAAGCAGAAGUCAUUGAAGCUUCUUUACAGAAAGUCUCUAGUCCAGAAGUGAGGGCUUUGGUCCAUUGGCUCAAAUCUGUCCCAGUAGAUCAAAACACCAUUGAUAAGUUGCUCUGUCAUGAGUUCACCUUGGAUUGUCUCCUCUACAUGGCCUCCAGAGAUGACUUGAUAUACUGUGGAAUACGAGGCGGCAUGUUGUGUCGAAUCUGGGCAGCCAUCACAGCUCACAGGAAGACCCAGCUCAGCACACACAAUGAGGACAGUGAGGACACUGUGCUUUAAUGGCUGCUGAUGUUGUACAUCAAAGGACAGAUUUAUUGACAGGCUGGUCCUGUGCUCUCUGGAGGAAGAGAGGCUGUGGUGAACAUCAUUCUCUUUGCAAGAAGCUGAUGUAAAGCAGAAGGGAUUUUAUACCUUGAUGAACUGUGAAUGCAAUUUUAAGCUACUACUUUAUCCACUUUUUUUGUGCAGUUGCCAGCAUUUUUUGCUGCAUUUUCUCAGGGCUUUGGCAAUUGAGCAUUGAGAUGUCUGCAAAGAAAUGUAGUGCUAUUUUAAUGGUGCCUCAGGACGUAGAGUGGGUCAUCCCCUAAUCGCAGGGUUGGCAGUUCUCGGGCAAGUAUAAGUGCAAGUUCAUUUUCCAAUUCCAUUUACUUGGUUUUACAGAAAACAUAGGACCUAAAUUAUUACACUGUAUUUAAGCAAUGUCUCUACAUUCUGGAGAAAAAUGGAGGUUCUCUGUAUCUGCACAAUGUUAAAACCCAUUCAAUUAAUGAACAGGAACAGUGAAUCUCUGACUGGUUUGUUACCUGUAUGUAUCCAUUUAUUUGUAAGAGGCACAGAGGGAUUACUGAGGGAGUGACAAAGACUGGAAGAAGUCGUGAAAUGGUUAGCCAUCUCCAAAAUUCGAUGUUUCCUCAUCUGUUUUCACGAUGCUGACAUCUCCUUAGAAAUGGUGAGAUGGGCUUUGUUUGCAUUAGUGUCUGUCUGCUGUAUGUGUGUUGUGUUCAGCUACUCUUCUGAGUAGGUUUAUUGUUUGAGUUUUAGACAUUCUAGUUGAGGAUUUUUUUCUCUAAUAAAUUAUUUUGUCUAGUCCUAAAUUACAAAUAGUGUUAAAAUGAGUUCACACUAAAGAGCUUGGUGUUGAGAAAUAUUAGAAAUGGAAAUAAAAGAAGAAGGCAGAGGUCAGAACAUUAGGGAAUAAAUCUAGUGGGCAAAAACUCUUCAAGUGUUAAGGUGACGUGAGCAUGUAUGUGACUCGUCUUUUCCAGUUUAUUGCUUAGUGCUCCUGUGUGAGAUCAGAGGAUGUUCAUGAUUUUUCUAAACUGCACAGAGUUGUUAAGUGUCGUAUUCAUAACAGCUCCAGUGCUCUGUCAGUACGAUAUGACCUAAAUGAGAGAGUAGGCUUUGUGCUCAGUGAUAGGAGUCAUGUCUUAUUCAGUGUUUGGUUUUGAACAGUUGCGUGUUAUGUGAGGGCAAAUGAUGUGUUCAUAGUGUUUGUGUAUGGCCUUGUGUGACCCGAUGUGCUUGUUUGAUUGGACUAAUGUCCUAAUAAAAUGAGAGACAGCAAGUACAUAAAAUAAAGUCACUUUCAGCUUUUCCCGUUUAGGGGUCGCCACAGCGAAUCGUCACACUGACGACUCGCAUGUUGACAUUUGGCAUAUGUAUUAUGGCGGAUGCCCUUCCUGACGCAACCCUGAUUCGAACCCGGGGUUCCCACUAGUCUACCAGGGAUGGCUACAGCAAGUACAUAAAAUAUUGGCAAAAAAAACCACAGCGAUUUAAAAUACUUUUAUAAAUAUUUCAGUGUCUCUCAACUUACAUUCAGUAUCAUAGGGUCCUAAAAACUCUCCAUCCCCUUCUGGCCAAAAUACUGAUUAGGCCUCUUUUUGAUUUACUGUACCUCUUCAAUAAUCUAGAAUGCUGAACAAAUCAGAAAGUGGAAGGUUAAUAAAUCAAGCUGACUUUCUUCCUCUUGUGUCCUUGCAAAAAGAAUACUCAGAUUUUACCAACAAAAAUCAAUUACCAUCAUCCUGUUGUCUCACUCCAUUCUCAUGCCUUUCUAUUAUUUGUUUAAUAAUUCAUGUUGCCAUACAUAAAGUACACAAAGAAAUAUUGUUGAUAUCUUAUAUGUAAUCAAACGUGUUUGUUCCACUGUGAGAUUUCUAGACGCUAAUAAUGGGCAUGAUCAAAGUAACUUAGAGCAGAAGAUGACAGUGAUUACUUUUUCCAUAGAAUAAUGCACUAAUGCUAACAUGCUAUGUUUGCUGGGAAAUCCUGUUUGAAUUGUAUUGAGUUUUCUUCUGGUCUUCCUUAAAUCCCUCCAUCUUUGCUUUGCCUGGAGGUGGAGCUAAGCCACUGAUAAAUGAGACAAACAAUGCUGCCAAGGGGAUUUUAGCAGGGUGUUGGGCGGGUAUUUAGGCUACCACAUUGGGAGGCCCAGAACCUCAAAGAUUACUGAGCUUACCCUCCUCUUUGUCAGCUCCCAGGGUACAGGUUAUCCCACUGUCCUGGACCCAACAUCUGCACAGGGAAAGAUAGGUUUGACCAUUCUUGCAGUAUGUAAUUAAAAAUAAAGCAGUGGAGUAGCAGCAUGAGCACACUGUCACUUCAAUAGCUUGUUAAUCACCAGUCUUAUUUAUUUUAGAACAUAUAGAGUUCACUAAGAAGCUGGUGGUUGUAUUUUUGUUGCUGAGGUCUGUAGAACAUAUGCAGCACUGACACAUGUACAGUGAGGAACAGAAGUAUUUGA